AUGGUGCUGCCCUUCCCGCGCCCGUCUGCGGACACCGCGCAGCUUGCCGUGCCGUCGGCCUUCGGGUCGCACAUGGUGCUGCAGCGGGGGCGGGCCACGCGGCUCUGGGGCACGGCUGCGGCAGGCACGGGGCCCGUGACCGUCGAGUACAGGGGGCGGGAGGUCGCGAGCGCUGCCCUCGACCCGUCGACGGGGCGCUGGGAGGCCUGGCUGCCCGCCAUGAACGCCUCCGCCGAGCCCGCCAGCGUGGAGAUCCGCUCCGCGGAUGGCGCCGCCGUGACGCUGACCGAUGUCGUGGUCGGAGACGUUUACGCCUGCAUCGGCGCGAGCCAGAUGGAGUGGAACCUCGGGGACACGCCCGACAACAGGACCGCCGAGCACGACGCCAGCGGGUCGGGCGGGAGCUUGCGCCUGGUCGUGGCCGACAAGAACUUCUUCGGGAGGGUGAACCCGCACGAGCUGCAGGACAACUUCUCCACGCGGUGGCCAUGGCAGCGCGCUGACGCCGAUCUGCAUUCGACGAUGGGGUCCAGUGCCAUCUGCUUCUGGUUCGGGCUGGAGCAGCUGCGCAGACGGCCCGAGGUGCCCGUCGGCCUCGUGGAGGCGUUCUGGGGGGCCACCAGCGCCAGGCAGUGGGCCCCCAGCGAGGCGUUCGCCAAGUGCGGGAUGCCAGAGAAGACGAACGGCGACCACGGGAAGUGGUGGGAGCCCAGGGACACGUCGGUGCUGUGGAACACGAUGGUGCAUCCGUUUACAGCGCUGCCAGUCAGGGCGCUCCUGGUGGAGCUGCUGGUCCUCGACGGGGACUGCCUCCUCCCCGCGAUGGUCAGGUCCUGGCGGGAGAGGUGGGCGGGCCCGGGCGAUGCCUCGGGCCCGCCGCUGCUCGCGAUGCAGGCCGCGUGUGGGCCGAGCAACGCGACCGCGAGGCGAGACGCGACGAGCGCCUUCCUGCGGGCUCCCCAGACCGCCGUGGUCGUCGUGGCGGACCUGUGCGACCCGGAGGCGGAGCACCACGUGCAUUCCCGUCGCAAGAAGGACGAGGCACUGCGCCUCGCGCUGCUCGCCGAGGGCCUCGUGCACGGCAACCGGAGCGUGCCCCGGUCGGGGCCACGCCCUGUGGCCGCCUGCUGUGCCGCCGAGGGCUGCGCGCGGCUGCGGGUCUCGUUCGACCAGGAGCUCGCCGUCCGCCCGGAGGCCGCCGCCGCGGACUGCGGCUUCGCGCUCCGCUCCGGCAACCGCUCGCACCCUGGCGCCUCACGCUCGCCGGCCUCGCCCCGGGCGACGGCCGCACCGUGGAGCUCGAGGCGGCCGCCCGCGGGGCCCGCGGGCGCUCGCCGCGCGCGGGCGGCGCUGGGGCGGCGGGCCGCGUCGCUUACGGCCAGGAGGCCUACCCGAGGAUGCCGCUGGCGAACGGCCUGGGGAUCCCGGUGGGUCAGUUCGAGCUCCCUGUCCGGCGCGCCUGCGGUCGAGCCAACGGCACGACGAGCUCGUGAGCCAGCAGAGGCAAAAAUUGGCCUCUGA